AUUGUCCCCGACAGUUUUAAUGUGAAGUUGCCAGAUUUAUCUCUCAGUUGCAGCGUAGUGGACUAAAGAUAAAGUGUAUGUGUAGUCGAGAAGAUACCAGGAUAACUCGCUUCUACUAUACUCUUUGCACUAAGGUGUAUUUGGAUUUUAUGUACAACAUGACAUUUGAGGAACUAAGUGGGGAUUAUUCUCAAGAAAGAAUGGAUUCAGUGGCGAAAGCUUUGGAAGAAGUCCUCACCUCUGCGUUACCACAGGGCUGCAUUACAGUCGGAGUCUACGAGGCUGCCAAAUCACUCAAUGUAGACCCUGAUAAUGUGGUUUUGUGCAUCCUGGCCACGGAUGACGAAGAUGUGAAAGAUGUGGCCCUGCAGAUCCACUUUACCCUCAUUCAGGCUUUCUGCUGCGAGAAUGACAUCAACAUCCUGAGAGUCAACAACACCCGGCGCCUAGCAGAAAUACUGGGUGGAGGCGCAAGUGGAAAACCGAGUGGGGGUGAACCUAUGGACCUGCACUGUGUCCUGGUCACAAGCCCACAUUCUACAUCAUGGAAGGACCCUGCUUUGAGCAAAGUGAACCGAUUCUGCAGAGAGAGCCGCUGUAUGGACCAGUGGGUACCCAUCAUCAACCUGCCUGAACGAUGAACUUUUAGUUGCACAAACCUGUGAAAGGACUCUUAUCUGCACAGGAAGAGUGGUGUGAACCUUGAUGGACACAUUAGCACCAGAUCAAAUUCCAAAGCACUGCUGACGGGGGAAAGAAAAAUUUGGAGGGGGAAAAAAGUCCCCGCUGUCUACAUAGGGUGUAUUUAAAAGAGAAAAAAAGAGCUGGGGAAUGGAUUUCCACUUUGGAUAGGACUGUUUGGAGUUGCGUCUGUCAGCCUUGGCAACCAACAUGAGAUGGCGAGGCACUUGUAUCGUCAUGAGGUGGAAAUUCCAAAAAGCAUGUGCGUGCCUUUUAAUGUAAAGCCGGACACUGUACAGAAGGAUUAUAUCAUGUAUGUUUGGUAAAGCCUCUGUGACAAGUCAGAAACGUGGGGAGAAACCAGAAAACGGAGCUGCUGAGUGGACCAAGGCCUGUCUCUGCAGAAACAAAGCACUUGUUGAAACACUGGACCUUUUGCAAUUUCACUUAUUUGAUUUGAAUUGUUAAUGUUGACGUUGCUAUUGUCAUAAUUUAAAAAGGGAAGGGCUACACAUCCAGUGAAGACAUUCUGUAUAUUUAGUGUUUCCUAUGCCAGCUGUUUUUUUGCCACAAUUUAAGUUAUUUCUAAUGAUAUUUAAGUGUAUUUAUGUUUCAUUUUUUUACCUUAACUAUUUGCAAAAUCUGAAUGCAUAUGUAUUGCUGUCAAUAAAAAAAAAAGUAUUUUUUGGAGCCAGAA